CCAUAUAAACGUACCAUGUCCAUGAACCAAUAUCCAUAACUGCUAGCUAAGCAAUAUCUUCCAUUAUCUUCUCAAUUUUCUUCUUCGAAACAACACAUAAUCACAAUGGGAGUUUUCACCUUCUCCGAAGAGAGCAUUUCCGCUGUUGCUCCUGCCACACUCUACAAAGCUCUGGUCUUUGAUGGCGACAACCUCAUCCCUAAGGUUGUAGACGCCAUUCAGAGCGUUGAGAUCCUCGAAGGCACUGGUGCCGCCGGAACCAUCAAGAAGAUCAACUACCUCGAAGAUGGACAGUUGCACUACGCGAAGCACAAGGUGGAAGCAGUAGACAAGGACAACCUGGUAUACAACUACACCUUAGUGGAGAGCGACACUUUCCCUGAGACUUUGGAGAAGAUCGCGGUCGAGACCAAGUUGGCGGUCGCCCCUAACGGCGGAUCCGUCGUGAAGGUGACCGUCAACUACGUGACGAAGGGAGACGCUAAGCCCAGCGAAGAAGAGCUCAAGAUUGGGAAGCAGAAGGGAGAUGGACUCUUCAAGGCCGUUGAGGCUUACGUCUUGGCCAAUCCUUCUUACAACUGAAAGCUUUUCAGACAACGUUGGAUAAUAAUAACAAUGUGAUCUGAUCAGCCCCAGAGAACUAAUAAGACUAGCUCUCAUUAUAAUUUGCGGAGUUUAUAGUUUAUGUUCUGGUUUACUUGCAUACGGUUUCAUUCUUCUGAUCCUCAUUAAGCUCAGUGAGUCAUAUGUAAUGGCUGGGAAUUGAGAUUCCCUUUUUGCUCCGAACUAUGAAUAUAUUCAUUUUAUGUUUUAGUAAA